CGCACAUGCGCAGUUGUGUCCAUGUAAUUUCUAUUUGGCUCAGCAAGUAUCCUGUAGCGUACUUUAUUCAUUUUGCUUUGUAAUUAUUCUUCCCAGUGUCUCGCUUGAAAGAAAAAGUUAAGAGUCCUUGUAGUUUAAUCCACAUGGUCUGCAGUGAUGGCAUCAGAGGAGAAGAAGCCAGAUGCAGAAACGCAUAAGACACAUUCAAUGACAUCAUCCUCUAAGUCUGCUCCAGUCAAGCCAAACUACUCCUUGAAGUUUACUCUCGCAGGCCACACAAAAGCUAUAUCAUCUGUGAAAUUCAGCCCUAGUGGUGAAUGGUUGGCCAGUUCAUCGGCAGACAAGCUCAUCAAACUAUGGGGUGCUUAUGAUGGAAAAUUUGAGAAGUCUCUUUCAGGACAUAAACUUGGAAUAUCAGAUAUUUCCUGGUCCUCAGACUCAAACCUUGUGGUGUCUGCAUCAGAUGACAAGACACUAAAGAUCUGGGACAUGAGUUUGGGAAAAUGUCUGAAGACACUGAAAGGCCACAGCAAUUAUGUCUUCUGUUGUAAUUUCAACCCACAGUCAAAUCUUGUUGUGUCUGGAUCUUUUGACGAGAGCGUCCGGAUAUGGGAUGUAAAAACUGGGAAGUGUCUUAAGACUCUGCCAGCCCAUUCUGACCCAGUCUCAGCGGUUCACUUUAACAGAGAUGGCUCUCUAAUAGUAUCCAGUAGCUAUGAUGGUUUAUGUCGAUUGUGGGACACUGCAUCAGGACAAUGUCUGAAAACACUUAUUGAUGAUGACAACCCUCCUGUCUCAUUUGUGAAGUUUUCUCCAAAUGGCAAAUACAUUCUAGCUGCAACACUGGACAACACCUUAAAGCUUUGGGACUACAGCAAAGGAAAGUGCCUUAAAACGUACACUGGCCAUAAGAAUGAGAAAUAUUGUGUGUUUGCCAAUUUUUCCGUGACUGGUGGAAAGUGGAUUGUCUCAGGCUCUGAAGACAACAUGGUGUAUAUUUGGAACUUGCAGACCAAAGAAAUUGUGCAGAAAUUACAGGGCCACACAGAUGUAGUGAUCUCGACAGCUUGUCACCCUACAGAGAACAUCAUUGCAUCUGCGUCCCUAGAGAGUGACAAGACCAUCAAACUGUGGAGGAGUGAUCGCUAAGUUAAAGCAGAGUACUUCAAAGACAUUGUUGAAGACGUCAGAGCGGCAACUUGAAUGUGUUUCUUUUACAAUGCUUUGGAUAGCACAUAAAGUGUUAUCUGAGAGAUGGGCAGGUCCUAUCUGCUCCAAAUAGUGACAAUCUCAUGCAUCUUUAAGCCUUUCUCUCCUUAAUGUACUUUUACUGAAAUGACCUACUGUUAUCUUUUCACUUUACCUUAAUUUAUUAUUGAAGAGUAAACAUUUGUCAGAUCUUGUGUUUUAUUGUUUUGGGUGAAGGAUGUACUUAUGGUAGACAUACCAAAAAUGAAAUGCUGUAAGAUAUUUUAUUUUGUUCAAGACUUUUUUUUGCUGUUGAAUGUUUGCCUUUUUUUUAUAAGUGUUUGCAAUUAUCCAAUAUUUAUGUAAUCGAGAAAUGUCUCUUGAAAGCUUUUAUUGUGUCUAAGCAUUAUUUUCUAAUAUUUCUGAUUUGAUACAAAAGAAGAAAUUUGCCUCCUCAGUUUCAAGGUAUGACUUUGAUGCAUUUAAGAAUUGGGUACAUUUCCAUUAAAUUCUUGA